AUGAAAAGUACCAAUAUCACUUCUCUGUGUCUCGCCAUUGUGGCUCUAUCAACUGGUAUAUCUGCUGAAAAAGAGGCUGCUCAGACAUUCGGCUACAUCGGAGCUCCAACGGGCUAUGGCUAUGGCCAUGGCCAUGGAGCUGGAGUUGGAGCUGGGAUGUAUGGUCAAGGUAACCGCUAUGGCGGAGUGGGUGCUGGGGUGUAUGGUCAAGGUAAUCGCUAUGGUGGAGACGGUGCUGGGAUCUUUCAGAAUUAG